AUGCUACUAAACACUGUAUCCCAAUUUAAUCUGGAGGAGGAGGAGGACAUGCCACCCACCCCAAAAUUCGCAGACUUGGACGCGCCAUCAUUAUCUACGUUUUCAUCAGCGAGUAAGGGUAUGUUCCAAGAUCUGUAUACCUUGAAAAUUGUCCCACCUUUGGCCUCAGCGAGCAGGGGGUUUGAUUCGGAUUCGGAUGAGAACGUAUUGGAUUCGGACGAGGGCGAUGUGGAGGACGAUGGUUCAGAUAACCAACAGUCGACCGGUGAUGCCCCGGUGGCUGUGCAGGAAUCUAGGACCGAUUCCGAUGCCGAGAUGUCGGAUGGUGCGUCAUGGUCGGAUGUGUUCGACGACGACUCCGAUUUCCUUGGUUCCAAAGACAAUGGGCGCGUUCGAACUCUGGGCGGGAUUCAGCUUCCAAAGCUCUCCUCGAAAGAAUACUCCGUCAGCACCUGGAACACCUUCGUUCUAUUCACAUGGACGCCUUGGCAAGACUCGACGCUCUGGCGAAAACUCGCGUGA